CAUUAUCUUCCUAGGAAACCUAUCGCCCAUGUAACUUCUUCAGUUAAGUAUCGAGUUCCUUCGCAGAAAAUCAGCGGAAUAAUCUCCGCAUAUGUGCAGAUGGUAACUGGAGUCAUAUUUGUGGAGAGCUGGGUGUCACUCAUUUUUUAAAUGUUUGGGUUGUCAAGUAAACAAGCUUACAGCUCCUCUUUCAAUCUUUCUAAGAAACCGCUCAAGUGUCUUAUUCAAGUAUCGAGUUUCUUCGCAGAAAGUCGAUGAAAUAACGAUCAUUGCGAAUCUACAGUUUGUGUCCGAAGUAAGAGGAUAUUUUAAGGGCCUCAAAACACUCAGAAAACGAAGGUACGUCUUUAAACUAAGUACUAGUAGCAUUGAAAUUGUAAAAACGACCUUAUAAUUUCAAAUUUUAGACUCUCACAAAGGAGGCAAUGCUCCUCAAUACUGAAUCUAAUGAUUUGUAUUCCAUGGGUGAACACGAACGAAGUGUUAUUCAAAUCAAUGAAGCAGAAUUUCUCGUACAAAAGAAAGAAAUGCAAAUUUUUUUCGCCAAAAGGAAAUCUACUCCAAUUCGGAUCAUGGCAUGCUUCGAAGAUCACUCGCUGGCAGACAUGCUAUAUAUCCUCCAUAUCAAGGAAAGUCAACUCGUUUUUUUUAAAAAACCUCUAGGUAAGGAGUCUAAAAUGGAGCCUCAUUCAUUUUUAUGUCCAUGGCUGCGAGAUCCCGCAGUUAACAGGAUAAAAGGAUAAACGGGUGCAAUGCAAUUAUACUAUUUCGGAUCUACUACAACUGAUCCCUUUCAGAACAUCGUUUCUUCGUUAGUUGGUAUGUUGGUCGGUCUAGAGCUGGAGAUCAGGUUUUUGUCUCAUAAAGAGGUGAUCUUCGCAGCAAAUCAACCCACCAACAGCAAAGUGAACAAUUUAAUUUGAACAACAAAUGUAAAACAAUGAAAUUUUACGUUUUCGACUGCAUGAAGUAUCUCCAAUUUCCUGGAACUUGUAGACAUCUCCUUCGUUCCAUUUGGAUUUGACACGAAGGUUAAGUUCACAUAAUUUUUACUCUUAUAAGGAGGUACGUGACAGCAUGGUCUCAAAUGGGCGAGAGUUAACUGUAAUAUACGUUAUUCGGCAACAAUCUGAAAUCGUUCCGCAAAUUUUAAUAACACCGCGGAUGUUAAAUUCUAGACAUGCACAAAUGCUACUUCAUCAUCAAGCAGACAUAUUAGGACUUCGAGUUUUGUGGCUCAAAAAAACAUGUACUUUUAAAUGUUUAAUGGUAUCAUAUGAAUCCGCAGUUUCUAUCCAACCUAAUCAUUUUUCCACCAUAGAACGCAAGUUAAUAUGAUUUUAUAAAUGAAACCUCAGCAGCUAAGGGUGCUUUUGAGAGACUGGGGUGUCUCUGUGGUAACCUGUUUACCUGAAAUAAUCAUUAAUUUGACUUUGUUUGAUAAAAUCUUUAAGGAAAUAAUUGAAAAGAUUAUAAAAUAUAAAUUGCUUUUGAGGCUAUUUAGUUUAAAAAGUUUAAAUAUCUUUUUGCUACCAUUCAACCAACUAAUGUAACUUAUAUCGAAAUAUCUUUUGAGAGUAUUAAAAGAGUUAAUAGACAAAGCAGAGUCACGUGACCACAGGAAACAUUAGCUUAGCUCAGGCAAUAAUUCGUCAUUUCAACAAUCACAGGUGGGAGGUCAAACGUCUGACCCAAGGACAGACCAGUUAGACAGUCAUGCAGCAGAUAUCUUCUGAUCAGCCACAGGCAGUAUCUGAAGCACAGUCACCCAUGGGGCAACAAGGCUAUGUCCCCACUGGACAACAAGGUAACGUCCCCACUGGACAACAAGGCUAUGUCCCCACUGGACAACAAGGUUAUGUCCCCACUGGACAACAAGGCAAUGUCCCCACUGGACAACAAGGCUAUGUCCCCACUGGACAACAAGGCUAUGUCCCCACUGAACAACAAGGCUAUGUCCCCACUGGACAACAAGGCUAUGUCCCCACUGGACAACAAGGCUAUGUCCCCACUGGACAACAAGGCUAUGUCCCCACUGGACAACAAGGCUAUUUCCCCACUGGACAACAAGGCUAUGUCCCCACUGGACAACAAGGCUAUGUCCCCACUGGACAACCUGUCCAAUCCGUUCCAGGCCAGGCAGGGCGGAUGGACAGAACCUACCUGAAAACAAUGCUGGGUGGCUCGAGAAUUUUUGAGUUUGUAAGUAGUUAAAGGAUAUGAAGGGGUUUGAACGAAUGAUAUCGGAUUAGCAGGGGUUUUGAUUUAAAACUUUGCUCGAUGUCUUCCUAGUAUUCUCAGCCAACAAAAAUUUGUUAUUUCCAAACUUUUAAAUCAAUCACUUCCCAGCAUUUUGGAAAAUUAAUGUUAAGAUAGUUUUUUCUUUUAUGAUGUAUGCAAUGAAAUGCAUUUGACCUACAAAUGUAAUGUUGACGAGUAUCACAUGGAUCCUUAUAGGUUAAGGUAGCGCAUCGAGAUACUCUCUUUCUAUGUAAGAAUUCAUUAGGAAGCCUUGUUGGAACACCACUUGUGGUGCUCUUGCCCUUCUCCAGCUUUGUACCAACGAUCAAAUAGUGAUGGUCAUAAUCAUUGUUCACGAGCUUACCUUGUCCUCUUACAUAGAUCCUCUUGUUAAUCGCCUCGGCAUGUGGUAUUGUUUACUCAAACCGUACUUUCGGUAUGGAUGGUCGAGCAACGUUUUUCGCAGGAGUCUCCACAUUUUGUUGGGUAAUGGUGAUAGUCCUCCAAAUUGGGUUUAUGCUUGGCAUCCACAAAGACCAGCGAUACUUCAAGACACCAUCAUAUUCCACACUGAUAGUGAGUAUUGCAACCAAUUCAUUUCCGAUAAUUCAUCGAUGUGAUACUCAUAUAAGACCGUUUCCAAGACGCCCAAAGACUCUCUGCAAAAACGGGUCAGUGUUCGUGGGUAGCCUCUGAAAGGUGCUGAGACGAAAAGCAGCCUCAUUCUUGUACUUCCGAUACAAAUCAUUUCACAAGAAAGGUUUUGUACUCUUGACUUUUGGAACUCGGAGUGGUAUUUCAUAUCACUGAUCGGGUAAAGGGACAUUUAGCACUAUCUAGAAAAAUUCACUGGGAAAUGGCCAUCAAAGCGAGUGAGGAUAAAAACAUAGCAGCUAAAAACUUUGAAGGAACAUUUGGCCAACUAAGUAGUUACCUAAAAAGACUCUCGUAUAUUAAACCACAGAUUAUUAACACGAAUUAAAGAACUGUUGAAGGCUGGACACUUGACUAUCUCAGUUGCACAAAAUAUACAACCAGUCACUCGGCAGAUAUAUUGCCUUGUACUCAAGAUGUCUGACUCUUUCUCAGGCUUCUCCUUCUUAGAAACGAGGUUGUGAGGCUGUGAUAUUGACGUUUAGGUGGCAGACGACAUGUUGUUGCUCUUCUAUUAUUUAUUACUGGCAAUUGAAUGUUUAAAAUCAAUCUUUUUCUGCUCCAACAAGUCAAAAACACCUGUUCUUUUCCCACAGGUAUUAGCUGUACAAGUCCUCAUGGCCAUACUUCUCAUCGCCAGCACUACAAGACUGGCUAUGCCCGCUGUCGAAUGGUAUAAAGCUAACAAAGAUCACCUAGAUCGAUACGGUAAAAGCAGGUCUACAGACGGCGUGAACGUUGCAAUGCUCUUUUGCGCCUUGGUACGUUAUUUUACUUUUUUCCCUAAAUUUUCUUUUCCUAUCGUCUUGGUGAGCAGAAAGAACAAAUCAAGCAGAGUGUCCUGUUUUCUGUCGAAUGACGAAUGGAUGCACUAGCGAAUCCAAGGGGUGGGUCUCGGGAACCACCGGGAGGGAAGGAGGGAGGGGUGAAGAUUUUGGUAGUGUCACAAUAACAUUUACCUGAUCCACCCCUAAGGCUCAGAAGUAUUCUAACCCUCCCCCCCUUCUCUAUUAUACUCUCUUAGCGACGACUAAUCCCUCCUUCGCUCCCUCUUUACCCUUCAACUCCCAUGAGUGACCAAGACAGAAUUUCGCCUUACAAUAUCAAUAAAAUAUCAAGCAGACAAAUGAUUAGAAUAAAGAAAAAUAUCAAUCAGGGGAUUAUUAGUUGAUCCAAUAUCAAAUUCUCCAAACAAACAUCACAACAACUUUAUGGCAGACAGUAAGGAAAAUUACUGAUGAGAUCAUGGGAGUUAAAGGGUUAAAACUAGGUGAUCUUCCACAAACUCCAACGACCAUGUCAUGAAAACCGGAAUAUGCCCUCGCAAUAUUAUUUGGCCUAUAAUUUUGAAAGAUUGAACAUAUAAAAAACUUACAAACACAUAGCAAGCGGUAAAAUCACAGCUGGCUCAGUUUUUGUCUCUUCUUUUUGCAGGUGGGUGGUGCGUUGACCUGUAUGACUUUCCUGGAAGACAUCCCACAACUGACAAAGAUUUACAGAUCGCAAAGGGCAAAGGAAAUUGCUGCGGCUAAUACCCAAUAGCCUCUUUACUGACCUUCAACCGCGGUAGCCUGGAUCAGCAACAACGCAGCCCGUUUACAAAACUUUUUAGAAGACAGCUUUGUUUGAAAGCGCGUCCUCAGCUUUGAUUGAUUUUUGUUGGUUAGCAGCAAAAAAAAAAAAAAUGUUAUAGAGAGCUGCCGUAUUGAAACGAUCCUGUAUUGACUUAGUUCGUUUGUACUUGUCCUUUAUUUAUAUUCGACAUUUAUCAUGGUUAACCUUUUUCCGUAGCUAGAUUUUUUAACUUAAGUAUGUGGCAUUUAUCACCCCAAAGAAGCGAUAUCCGUAAGAGACAUACGAUCGUCACAUAGAAUACUAUGUUUUUUUAUAUAUCGUUUACUGACCCCUAGUUGAAAUAAAAUUUUGCAGGUGGGUGGUGCGUUGACCUGUAUGACUUUCCUGGAAGACAUCCCACAACUGACAAAGAUUUACAGAUCGCAAAGAGCAAAGGAAAUUGCUGCGGCUAAUACCCAAUAACCUCUUUACUGACCUUCAACCACGGUAGCCUGGAUCAGCAACAACGCAGCCCGUUUACAAAACUUUUUAGAAGACGGCUUUGUUUGAAAGCGCGUCCUCAGCUUUGAUUGAUUUUUGUUGGUUAGCAGCAAAAAAAAAAAAAUGUUAUAGAGAGUUGCCGUAUUGAAACGAUCCUAUAUUGACUUAGUUCGUUUGGAAUUGUCCUUUAUUCAUAUUCGACAUUUAUCAUGGUUAACCUUUUUCCGUAGCUAGAUUUUUUAACUUAAGUAUGUGGCAUUUAUCACCCCAAAG